ACAGACAGCACAGGAAACCCACAACACACACUCAGUGUGACCCCAUGCACAUUUAUGUGCUUUGGCGUUGUGAGCACAGCGCCCCGACUUCCUUCUUUGAUAGUUGACAGUUUUUGUCAGUCGCUUUAGUGCUUUUCUCAGAUCAGAAUGAAAAGUCUCAUAACUCUUAGUUCAACCUCCACAACAUUUAGUCAUUUGUGCUCAUCAUAGAAGCAAUUUCUCCUUCCUCUGAAGCAGUUACAAAUGUUUUUGGACAUGUUUCAGUUGAUUUCAUACAAUUCUCUGCUGUUUGAAACAUGAUCAUUUCCUGACGUGACAUCAGUCAAAAUGAACUAUACUCAUGGAUGCUGAACAGUCAUUCACAAUAAAACUAAUAGUCUUCAUUUUAUUGCUUGAGUCAUGACAUACAAAAUUGUUGAACUAGUUAUCAAAUUCUGUCAAGAAAAGUUUUUGCCUUUCUUUAUCAUUUUUUCCUGGAAAUGUCUCCUAAAUUGAACAGUUGCUCUCAGGUGAACCUUCACUCACAAGGAGGUGUGUGAAGUUUUAGUUGUAACCAAUGACAAGCCACCGUCACUCAGGGAUGAAUACCAUGAACCCUCACUUGGCUCACUUGUACAAACACUUCUCCUUCUAGGUAAACUCAAAACGCAGCUUUGAUCAUUUUCUACAGGAGCUGAAGCAUUAUCGCACAACUAUCAACGGCCAUAAGAGCAAGAAAUCUCUGAAAACUGACUCUGUUUUGGACAAGAACUACAAAGACUGAUGAUUAUUAUCAUUAUCGAGUACCCUGGCUUGAUGGAAGAUGUCCUCCAUGCUGAGGACUCACUGAAACACCUGGAGGAUCCGUCCUGCUCCUGAAGCUCAGUCUGCUUCCUGUCUGACGUGGAGGAGAUGAUCUUCAUCCUCGUGCUCGUCGGCCUCGCCUUCGCUGUCUGUGGGUCUGUUGUGAACACGACUCCGACCGUGUAUCAGGCGAAGGAGAACGAUAACAUCACCAUCAGAUGGGACAUCACCACCAAAACUGAAUUGUCUCUCGUCAGACUGCUUUGUUUCUUCUUAUCAAAGCCUCUGAAGGUUUUGUAUGAGAUGUCUUACGGCGUUGAGGUCCCAGAGUCUCAGCAUCAGCAGUUUGCAGGACGGGUGCAGUGUGACCAGGACGCCCUCAGAGAAGGACGAAUCAGACUUCACGUGUCCACAGUCACCGCUGAUGACUCGGGAAGUUACCGGUGUGAACUGGCUGCUAAUUAUGACCCGACCAUGGGAUGGACGCUCCGGGCCACUGAACAUUUUGUCUUGAAUGUGACCUCUGGCGGAGAGAGCGCCGACGACUUCCCCGACACGCCGAAGCUCGCUGAAGGUGGAAAACACACACCAGGAGGUCCGAGGAAGGAGGAAGACACAUCAGGUUACUGGAACAUCGUUAAAACCGUCUUCGGAGCUGUAAAUGUAGGAUUUUUAGUAGCUGUUGGUCUAAUAUUGCUAGUGGCUGCAGCAGUUAGAUGUCCAGCAGUAUUUGUUUGUUGCGGUGAGAGACGGCAGAUCCAAACUGUUUAAAGGAAGCAGUUUGGUGAAUGUGACGCUCCUGUCAGUCACCUGUCCAGGUCUGGCUGGCUUCAUCUCCACAGUAAGAGCUCUGCUCUGCGUCUCUCGUGAUGAGACGUCGUGUCUCAGAGUCAGAGUCGUGUGGUGACGCAGGUCAAAGUGCAGGUUGUUCUGAAGCGUAUGAUGACUCAGCAAUAACAGGAUCAUUCAUCACAAACCGAAGCCUCACACACACAUUCAACGUGAAGAGUUCAACACUGAAUUAUGCACUAAUAUGUAGAACUCAACCCCAGAACUGACGUAUUUAUUUUUUCUACGAUAAAAAAAUGUACACAAAAACUUUUAUCUUUCUGCAAAGCACUUUGGACUCUGAAGCACUUUCUAACUUUGGUUUCUAGUUUGUGGAAAUAAAAUGUUUUAUUGUACUCUGUAAAAAUCAGCGUGUUAAUAAAAUCCCUGUUUUUAAGACUUCAUGAAAGUUAUUUUCUGUGUGUGCAGAAGUUUUUAGGGACUCUUUUCAACUUAUUUGCAACAAUUAACAUCUAAAUGUUCAUUUGUCAUAACUGACUUGCUGAAUUAGCAGAAUCCAGUAGUGGGUCUGCGGCCAAUCAGGCAGCAGCUGUUCAGAGAUCCUUCAUGUGAGGAUCACACAGACAAACUCGCUUCUUCUCACAGCAAA